UAAAAAAUCGCCCCACCAGCCAGCGGCUUAUAACGUGCGAGGCUGCAUUUACUCCCCAACUUUCGACUUUCUCUCUCUCUCCGCGUGCGCAAUGUACUCAUGAGGAAACCGUAAAGUGUUAAAUGUUUGAAAUACAAAACCGCCGAAUUUCACAUGCUGAAAAAGGACUCCGCUACUCGUGCGCGCGGCACUGGUGUGUCUGUGCAAUAGACUCUGCAAAGAAAAACUACUCUCACACGCCUGCAAGUCCGUGGCUGCAAAAAGGACGCUGAAAACCCUAUAUUUUCAGUUUCAAGACAAACGCUUAAAAAUCAAACUGGCUCACGUUCUUCCCAACCAACCCAGUUUGACAGCUGCGCUUCACCCCGUUUGGAGGACUGUCAGCAGCAAGAGGAUGGCAUCAGAGCUGGCAAUGAGCAACUCCGACCUGCCCACCAGUCCCCUGGCCAUGGAAUAUGUUAAUGACUUCGAUCUGAUGAAGUUUGAAGUGAAAAAGGAGCCGGUGGAGCCCGAUCGCAACAUCAGCCAGUGCAGUCGCCUUAUCGCCGGGGGAUCCUUGUCUUCCACCCCGAUGAGCACGCCGUGCAGCUCGGUGCCCCCUUCCCCAAGCUUCUCGGCACCCAGUCCGGGCUCGGGGAGCGAGCAGAAGACACACAUAGAGGAUUUCUACUGGAUGUCCGGUUAUCAACAGCAGCUGAAUCCAGAGGCGCUGGGCUUCAGCCCCGAAGACGCAGUCGAGGCGCUGAUCAACAGCACUCACCAGCUCCAGUCGUUUGAUGGCUAUGCCAGGGGCCAGCAGUUUGCUGGCGCAACCGGAGCAGGAGGCACCAUGGCCGGGGAAGAGAUGGGGUCCGCCGCGGCGGUGGUCUCUGCAGUCAUCGCUGCGGCAGCCGCUCAGAACGGAGGGCAACACCACCACCACCACCACCACCACCACAGCAACAGCCACCACCAGGCACCUGGCGUCCAGUCCAACGGCAGUCCUGGGACAAUUCACCCACACAUGCGCUUGGAUGAUCGGUUUUCAGACGACCAGCUGGUCACCAUGUCAGUAAGGGAGCUCAACCGGCAGCUACGGGGAGUCAGCAAGGAAGAAGUGAUCAGAUUGAAACAGAAGAGGAGGACCCUAAAGAACAGAGGCUACGCUCAGUCCUGCCGGUACAAGCGGGUCCAGCAGCGGCACGUCCUGGAGGGAGAGAAGACGCAACUCAUCCAGCAAGUCGAUCACCUAAAGCAGGAGAUCUCCAGGCUGGUCCGGGAGAGGGACGCGUACAAAGAAAAGUAUGAGAAGCUCAUCAGCACCGGCUUCAGAGAAAAUGGAUCCAGCAGCGACAACAACCCUUCAUCCCCGGAGUUUUUCAUGUCAUCGAGAAAAUUCCUCCAUCUGUGAUUUCAAGCCCCAUUCAUCCGUGCCCUUGGCUCUCUGAGAUAACCCAACGACUGAGCAGUGAUGACAUCAGAGCAGCUGACCAAUUGCACGGAGACACCUACAAAGCACAACAUUCAAAAAUGACUUCACUAAAGAACAAAAGACAAGGCUCCCUGAAAUCCCUCAAAAUCCCCACAGUGAAAUUCUGGAAAGCCUCUUACUACUCCUGUUUCCCUCCCUGAUAUUUUACCUCCAGCUUUUUUCUACAAAAGAUGAAAAAAAAAAAAAAAAAAAAAAAGGAAUAACAAAACAAAGAAAACCCAGACAGACUCAUACUCAUGAGAUGGUUGACAACGUCAGACACUGGAAGGACUAUUUUCUCUUUGUGGGAAGAUCAUUGGUGCAUGUUUCUGUAAAUAGAUCAUAAUAAAACCCUAUUCUUAUUCCUAAUAUAGGAAACAUACCAAGUUGCUCUCACCAACAUAAACCUUCAUGACUGUGGAUAAAGAACACAUGAUUCAGUAUUUUCCAUAUAAAGUCAGUAUUCUUCUUACCUCCCCAGAGACCAUGUAAUUAUCAUUUCCAGUAUCAUUUCGCUACUCUUUGGAGCUAUUUGGACUGUAAAAAUUGUACUUCCUAUUCUUCUUAUUCUCUUUACAUAACGGCCUAGUCUUCCUCUCCAAUAUCCACACUAGUAUAUGUAAAUAGAGAUGAAUGAAAACAGCAUGGAACAGACUAUAGUGUAUAUUUACCACUCCCCUAGUAGAUCAUGAAUCUAAAUAUGUGGAUAUUUCAGACAACAUUUUUAAAAGUUUAAAACUUGAACAUGUUUUCCGAUAGUAGACGUAGUUCCAGGUAUCUGGACACUUUUCCUAUGUAUUUGAAUAGAUGCAUAAAGGCAUUAGCUAUAGGUAAUGUUAUUAUUUGACAACCUUCCAAGGCAGCAGUUUCUUUGGUUUCAUCAAUCAGGUCCAUAAUGGAAACAAACUAAAAAAGGGAAAGCAAGCAAUUCACCCAAACCAUGAGUCUACCUUGGCACUUCUAAAUAAUGUUUUUAAUGUUUGACAUUUUGUUUUAUAUUGUUACUGACAAUUUUGCCUACUAUGAACCUAUUUAUUCUUUCCCAUUGCAAUAAUUGCCCUCUCCCUCCCCAUGUGCUGGGUUGUAACUACUGUAGCAAAGCUGCUGUCAGCCUGAGAGGGCUACUUAUUUCUUUGCACGGUUUGAAACGGUGCUCCGAGCCUGAGCCUACACACUGGGGGAAGAGAACACCUCAUUGAUUGCGUUGUAGCCAUGAGGACUCUGACCUCCGUCUUCUAUGGACUAUGAAUAUAACUAAAUGGACUGACAGAUAAUAUGCCAAGCCAAUGAACACACAACCUCAAAGGUUACUACCCCCAUCACUGGUGAAGACAGAAAACCUUUGCAUGGACAGCAGGGGAAAUACUAGCUUGUUGAACACCUCAUCUCCACCAUCUUGCAUCCUCUACCUCUCAGUGUGUGCUGUGCAUCCAGAAAAUCAUGACCCCCUACCUCCAAUCCCCCAUACUAUCCCCACAGUCCACUUCUCCACUGCAUGUCCCCAGAGCCUCAUGAGGAGAGCGUCAUCCUAGCGUUGAAUGCUACUGAUGGACGCAAUGGAACGGAUGGGAAAAAACAAAACCUUGUUCACUUUGACACACACUCAACAAAUACAAGCGCAUGCAUACAGAUGCACAAUCAUACACAGUGCCACUCAAAUAUGUUGCUGUAUAUAUGUACAGUAUAUCCACUAGUAUGUAUAGUCUCAGAUGCUGUCCUUUGCAUGCUGACUUGUAGAUGGAAUGUGAACCACUAUUCAUAGAAGAGGCUGUGCAGGUAGGCCUAGUCACUGGAUUGACUCUCUAAACCAACACCAGCUCUUUGUCCGCUUUACAUCUCCUUACUUUGAUUUGAGAAAAUGUAUAGUGAGAUGACAUAAAAUGCUUUAACACUCCCGUUCCUAUUAUGAAAGGUACUCUCCAGCCAUACAGCAGUGCUGAUAGGUUUUGAACUCUUUGAAGGGACACAUACAGUAACCCUGCCUUUGAUGUCAGACAGAACCUGGACAUAGUGAACGUGGGUAGGAGAACAGAAGAGGGAAAGCAAACUGGGGCGCUCCAAUUAAGUGGCAGCACACAAAGUGGCAUGGGGCAUCCUGCCAGCAACUGUCUAUUCAUCCUAUGUCAAAGGGAUUUGCACAUCUCAAUGAGUCUAUGUGCUGCCAGAGAAGUCCGAGAGCAGAGCAGAGAAAGACAGAGAGGCUUGGGAGAAUGGGUGGGAGAAAAAAAAGAGACGAUUUUGACUGUACUGAGCUUUACGUUCAAGUAUUUUCCUGGUCUGUCCACCUAUAGAAUGGUCUUUUCUGACGGGCAGCCACCUUGGAGAGUUCAAUAACCCCUUGACCUGUUACACUGUCACGCAGCUCUCUGGGCUGUCAUGACCUCACGUCCUGUCUGAGGUUAACUUUGUGUUAAUGAGCAUGGCUCUCAGCUCAACCAGAUGUUCAGCCUUGUGGUUAAAUAAUUCGUACCCUUCCAUCCCAAUGAUUCUUCAGUGCCUGACCACAACAGCUGCACUCUUUCUGGACACAACUCCGCUUACAACCUCAAAAUAACUGAACUGAUCAAAAUCUCAUCAAUGCACCGAUAUCCUUUGCCAAGAAAAAUAGUAAUUUUAGCAGAAUACUGUAGGUACUGUAGAUUACUGCAUUUGUAUUCCCAGUUGUGCCGCCAAUUUAUUUGGAGAAAUCUUCUUAAUUCAAAUACUGUCAGAGCACACUGAAUCACAUGAGGGUAUUUACAGUCAACAUGUAAACAAACUUGAAAUUAGGACUUAUGACUUAGCAGUGAUUAUUUAAAGAAGAUUUAAAAUACAGCAAGGAUGAAGAUGUCACUCAAACAUGAGACAUCAUAUGUGGUUGGAAACAAGACAUUGAGCAAAUGCUGAUCUUCUCUGAGCCUCAAGGCUUUCCACUUUCUUAGAAGUCAAACAAAGCCCCAUUUCUGCGCAGCUGCAGACAAUGUGUGACAGGUUGAUUUGCUUAUCUGUGCUUUUGAAUGCAAGGUAGCAUGUGUGUUUUUAUCUGGCAAUGACCCUGACUGGGGUCAGUGCAUGUACAUAAACAUGCAUAGAUGAACAUGUUCAUGCAGAAUGGUUGAAAGUGCAUACAAACGCAUAGAAGCACAUCCUUGCAUUUUCUCUCUUUUGCUCACACACACACACACACACACACACACACACAAUGCUAAUCUAAACAGCAAGGCUGUAUGUAAACAGAUCGCCGACAUAAUGGGAUUGUUCAGUGUGCAAACAAUAAGCUGUUAGCGUAAUCACAGGUCAAAGAUAUAUUACCCAGAGGGCCACGCUGUAGGUAUAUUAACAUGAUGGAUAUGUGGGAGAGAGGAGGGGGGCAGGGAGACGAAGGAUAUAGAGCGCUACUGAUUCAGAUUUACCCCCUAUUGGGCCACGUCCGCUGCCUUUCUCUCCUCUACCAUCCUCAUAUGGGCCCCACUUAAUCAGCCUUUUUCAUUCUCUUCUUGCUCCUUCCCCCAUUCACCCACCUCUCUCUUAGGGUUCUCUACCUUUCUUUUCCAUUUCUCUGCUCUAAUACCUCACCCCAGCCUUUUUCAAUGUUGAUUCCUUCCAUCCUCCUCCCAUUUCCCCCUUGUUCUUGGUAGAUAAAAUCUCUUUUAGCACAGCAGUCCAUCCAUGUCUGUGGUCAGUGUGAGAGCAGGAUAAAGCAGCUCCACAAUCUUGUUUUUGGAUUAAGCAAAGAGGGGUCUGAGUCAUAUUGGGCCAUUUAGUUGCUUCACCCAUGUCUGAUACAUAAACAAGAACAGGGAACAUAUAGAGAUAUUCAUAUAUGUUUAUAUUCCUACGAACAAUGUGAUAAGUAAAACAGCUACAUAGCUGAUAGAGAUGAACUCACAUACCCAUGCCCUAUUAUCUCCACUUAACCAUGUUGAAAGUACAGUGUUUGUGUGUCUCAAUGAGUAGCAGCAUACAAGUGCCAUGUCAGUCAAGAUAAAUCCUGUGUAGCUUACUCCACUGCACAUACAGCUAAUUAACUUAUCUCCGCUUUAUUUGAUUACCAUCAAGCCCAUUCUCUCAGCUGGUUAAUAAGUCUAUGUCCUCCUGACUAAACACUCCAUUAGUGUCAUCACUGGCUAGCUUGUGUGUGUACUGCGUACGGCUGUGGCCCACUGACGCUGAAACACAUUGGGGCCAAGUUACAGAGCAAAUACAGAGGCAGAACACUGGAGAGAAAAACAAGCUGUAGGCCAAACAAUAGGUGCAAAGUUGGCCAGUCUGAUGAUGAGAGUAAGACCCUCUGCCUCAUGGACGUUUGGACAACACAAAAUACAACACAAUGACAGACACAGAGAUACGUUAUGUCUAAAUAUUUUAAGCAGUUGUUAAAGUUCAGCCAGGCUUAAUUUAAAAAUUUCAUUCUGACUAGUGAGAAUGGGACGUUGACAAGUUGAAAUGCUACUGUGAUGAUAUAUGCAACAUUUUCAGCUAGUCAAAAGCUAAAACAGAUUCACUUCCUGUUGUAUUACAAAUUAGAAGGAGCCGUUUGGGUCAUUUUCUCCCUCAGAGAAUGUUACAUGACUUAAAGUUGCUUUUACGGCUUGAUUGGACAUCGGACUUUCCCUGCUUGAAUCUUCAGAGCAAACAAUUAUAAAAACUGCCUUAGAAAAUAACCAGUUCUUUGAUAAAAAAAAAAAAAAAAGAAGCUAAAUGGUGGGAGAAGUUAACUACCACUCCCAAUGUACCAUUCAGCAAGAGACAUCCGUUCAACAAGCUUAACAUAACUCUGUUAUAUGCGUAACAAAGAGUACAAAAAUGUUGUUGAAAGAAAUUCAUAGUGGGAAAAAAAGACUUCCUGCCGCUCAAACGCACAUCCAUGCUCUUCCCCCCCACGAUUAACAGUGACCUCAAGCCAGACAUGGUUGGGGUAGCGGGAGUGGGGUCAAAGGUGAAAGAAUUACAGUGUGGCAACCCGUGUCAACUACUCUACUUUAAUCCUGACCUCCAAGCCGCCCCCAGUCUCUUGAAACAUGAUUCAUGUGUAUGAGCUCAACAUAGAGUGUGUACAUCCUCACAUUACUCACAGAAUUACUGACUUGUUUGGGUAUUUUGACUGAAAAAGAACUUGACAGCCUGUAGCAUAUAAGGGAGCAUGGAUGUGGAUGUAGAGAUACAGUGGACGAGGGUUGUUCUAACAGCCAGACUGAGCAGACCUCCUUGUGUCACAUAGCUAAUGAUGGGGAUGAAUGAUACAGCCUUUAAAGCCCUUACUCCCACCUCAUUCUGGCCUGCGCAUAAGCUUGUGCUCUGGGUGAGCAGUUUGCUGUCAAGCCCCUCACUGAGAUGAGAUGGGCUCCCAAGAAGAUUUGAGGGAAGGGGGGGAUGGAGAGAAUCGGAUUAACCAAAAUGCCUCAAUUGGAGUAAAUGCUCUGGGCUGACCUCAGUGUAAUACCAUUGAUAAAUGCUGUAAACCAAAUCUUUAGCAUCUUAUUAGGUAAUGGAGGAAAACACAUCCUUUUAGCAACCAUUAGCAGCGGUGAAAUAGCCCAAACCUUCACGUAAGGGCUGUAUGCAAAUAUAUAAAAACACAAACAGGCUAAAUUUGUCAUAAGCUAUAGGGACUUUUACAAAUACCCAUGUUGCCACUAUAGAAAUAAAUAAAUAGUGAAAUAAAUCGGCAGAAGCUGUGGACAGGUGGCAUUUCAGCCUGCACCGUUUAGCUGUGCAGUCUGGUUUCUGACAGCUUGAUUUAGUCUCCCUGCACUUGAGCCAGAAAAGAGAGAAAAUUAACGGCAGCAAAAACAGCUUAACUAGAUUCCAAUUUGCCGGCUUUGAACCACAAUUGAUGAAGCUAAUGUAUAUGAAAAACACAGAAUAGACUUUUUUGGUAGCAGUCCCAAGCUCAUUGUGAUCACGCAAAGAUUGUGCACCCUCAUUGAGGGUAAGGUACACGGGGAAGAUGCUUUUCCUUACCCUUACUCUGCCAUCUGAGCCUGGUUCUUUUUUAAGGGGACAUUAGGGUUUGUCUUUAGGGUGCAGAGCGGAGAUUAAAGUGGCUCAAGGGGAGAUGCUAGGACGCAUGCUGUUCCCCCUGCUGUGAACAGGGUGUAAUCCUUCAGUUUCAGAGAAGUGAAAAGUUUGUGGCAUCCAGAAAGUUACGCACACAUCGCUUCUGGGCCCCCUACAGAGCAGAGAGUGUGUGACAGCAGGGGAUAACCAUAUGCUAUCAAAGUGUUCUUCAAAGCUCCAGUCUUUAGUUCACUAAAUUAUACAGUAUCAUCACAUACACCUGACAAAAAUAGAGGAAACAUGAUUAUGCAGCUCAACGUACUAACAGAAAAAACUAUACACAUCUUAAAUAUAUGUUUUAAGAAAUGUGUUGCCUUGGAACUGUAAAAGGGGCAUUUAUUUAUUUAUUUAUUUUCUAGAAUUACUUUGUUUAAACAGUAGCCAUGUUCCAGUAGUGUGGGUCAGCUCAUGAUUUUGUAUUUACAUGCUUUUAAAACACUGCUGCUGGUGGACAAUUAAAAAUUUAUGAUUCCUAUCACAACGGGCCACCCCUCUCCGUUACCAGAGGUUAAUUUGUGCUCGCCCCUCAUUUCAAUUGUACUGUAGUAAAUGUCCACAUUAUUUCCCACAUGGGCCUGGAUGAGGGGUUUGAUUAUCCAAAGGUAGGCCUUGGUUGGCUCCGUUAUUGUCAGAGGGGUCAUAAGCUGAAGUAACGGCUUCUAGGGUCUUAUUGCUAUGGCAAUCAGCCCCUUGCCACUUGGCCUGCAUGACCCCAGUCAGAGAUAAGCUUUAUGGGAAAGCACAUUAACAUGCUCCUGCAGUCACCUCCCUCCUUUAUCAAAGGCAGUUCUGUGAAAUCAAGUGUUUAUGGACCCCCAGUGAGGGUAUAGUGCUGCUGAUUGCCUAUAUUAGAGGUUGAGUGUAAAUGAGCUGGAGGUGGACACAGGACCUGUUGUAGCGGGGAGAGCGGAGGACGAUACUGAUGUUAUUCCAACUAAAUGAGCAAUAUCUUUAAUGACCUUAACAUCCCAUGAGCAGGUUACUAGUCCCUGGAUUACAAAUAUUGUCUGCAGUCUAAAUAUAUCCAUGUCUUCCAUUCUUUCUACAAAAACUGACACUAACAUAACAUAAGAGGCCUAAAAUGUGAAUAUAGUUAUGUUAUAUUUUGUCAUUAAUUAGAUUAGCUCUACUGUAUAAUGUAGGUAACAGACAUUUCCUUUACUGUCUUCUCCUUUGUCUUACACUGAACCUGCUAACUAAAUCGUCCAAUAUACUGUAUGUCUUUUAUAUUUUCUUGCACACAUUGAUAUGGGUAUUUUACUGUGGCUAGGAACGACAUCGAUGUCAGUAGUGUGUGCCUGCUUACAGCCUGAUCACUGGUGAAAGAUCCUCUCAGUAUGUGUGCAAUGACGGAUGGUGAUAGCCCUGUGUUUUUGUACACAUCGGGGGGCCCUACUGUUGCCACUGGACAGAUAGAGGGAGUAAGAAAGAGAAAGAUGUAGCCGCAGCUUAAUGUCCUUCUCUGGUGCUGUGCAUGCUCUUUCCUAUUUGCUUUUCCCUUCAUGCCACGCUUAACAUCGUAAAUUAACCUUUCCAAGCCCCCUGUGCUCGGAGACUGGAACACAAUACAGACAAAGGGGGGAAAAAUAGAUCUGCGUUAUGCAAUGAAGUAGCACUGGUCAGAGACGUAGCCUGUUACAGAAUUGAGCUAUUCCUUUUUCAGCGGUAUGGAAUAAAACAAAAACACUUUGUUCAGUGUAGCAAACAUUCUAUUUUAUGUGCAUGUCCUGUGUACUCUGCAAAUCGGUAUGAGGCUGCUUUUUUGUUCUCCAUCCUAGAAAUGUAAAUGAAACACAUGAAAGAAAAUGUAUUGUAGAUCCUUCUCUUCUUAGUUCAAGUCUGUAAAUAAGAUGUAAAUACCAAACAGCUAUGCAUGCUAAUAUACAAGCAAUUUGUUCAGGUACUUUUGUAAUCCAGACUUCUCAUAUGGCAUGUGAUAACAAAAAAAAAAAAAAAAAA